AUGGAAGAAAUUCAACCUGAUGACAUCAUGGCCUCACAUUAUUUCAUUCCUCAUCAUUGCGUGAUAAAACCAGAUAGCACCACGACAAAAUUACGUGUUGUGUUUGAUGCAUCUAGUAAAACUUCAUCAGGUCAAUCAUUGAAUGACAUUAUGCAUACUGGUCCUGUGGUACAGAGCGAUCUAUUCUCAAUAUUAUUACGAUUCAGAAUUCCAAGAUACGCUUUCACAACGGACAUUGAGAAAAUGUAUAGGCAAAUACUUAUUCACCCAGAAGAUCAAAUGCUACAAUUAAUCAUUUGGAGAAAUAAUCCACAAGAGCCGCUACGAUUUUAUAAACUAAAAACUAUGACAUAUGGGACUCGAUCAGCUCCAUACUUAGCUACCAAAUGUUUACAAACUUUAGCAAGAGAAAGUUCUGGUACUUAUCCAUUUGGAGCAGAGACCCUACGAAGAGAUUUCUAUGUCGAUGAUGGAUUAUGUGGUUCUAACAGUCUGAUAGAGGCUAAGGUGAUUCAAGAACAACUAAUUAACAUUUUGAAAUCAUAUGGUUUUAAGCCAAGAAAAUGGUACGCUAAUCACCCACAAUUGCUACAAAACAUUUCACCACAUGAUCAAGAAGUCUGUUGGGAUAUUUCUACUUGUUCGUUCAAAACAGCUAAGACUUUGGGAAUGAUUUGGACACCACAGCUUGAUAAUUUGUGCAUAACAACAAGUAUAACACCAUGUACAACUUUUACUAAGCGUUCAGUAGCUUCAGACUUAGCAAGAGUUUAUGACCCAUUAGGAUUGGUAGCACCAAUCAUAGUCACAGCAAAAAUAUUUGUUCAACGAAUUUGGGAAUUAAAGACAACCUGGGAUGAUCCGUUACCUCAUGAAUAUGAAGCCGAAUGGGUUAAGUUUCGGUCAAGACUGCAAGAAAUUAAUAAUAUGAUCAUUCCGAGACAUGUUUUUAACCAUGAAAUUCCAUUAGAUAUUCAAUUACAUUGUUUUGUAGAUGCAUCUGAAAAGGCAUAUGGAGCAGCAAUCUAUGUAAGAGCAAUUCUAAAAACAGGUACAAUCAUAGUACGGCUACUUUGCUCAAAAUCAAGAGUAGCGCCAUUAAAAAGGCAAACAAUUCCACGAUUAGAAUUGUGUGCAGCACUUCUGGGAGCCCAACUGUUAGCGAAGGUUAAACAAGAUCUUGCAUACGAUAACCACAAAUCUUUUUUAUGGACAGACUCACAAGUUGUAUUAUACUGGAUCAACUCUAACUCAAAUAUUUUUCAAACAUUUGUAGCACAUAGAGUAGCACGAAUUCAUGAAAUAUCUAAUGCAAGCCAAUGGCGUCAUGUAAGGUCCAAAUUAAAUCCAGCAGAUCACCUAUCAAGGGGUUUACAACCUACGGAAUUACAUUCCAGUCACAUAUGGUUUUUUGGACCACUGUUUUUAUAUGGAAGCGAAUCAUCAUGGCCAAGUCCAAUUGCUCAGGAACAUCUUAUAACUGAUCAUUCUGAAACCAAAAGAAGGGCGCUUGAAAUGCAACGCUCAACACAACCUUCAAUCGUAACUUCAGCAAUCACCAGCAUUACUGAAGAUUUCAUCUAUAAGAUCAAUUAUAGAAACUCGUUUGCAAGAUUGCAACGAAUCAUUGCAUACGCACUACGAUUUGUAAAAUACUCCAAAGGCAGAGACAACAGGCACACUACCUCUUUAAUAUUAAGUCCAGACGAGUUGAACUCAUCAUUACAAGUAAUCAUACGUAUAAUACAACAAAGCGAUUUCAGGGAAGAAUUGCAGCAAUUACACUCAAAUGGCACAGUGCACAAAACUAGUUCUCUCUCUAGUUUAAGUCCAUUCUUAGAUAGUAACGGAAUUCUAAGAGUCGGAGGUCGACUUUCAUCAUCACUUAUAGCUUAUGAUACCAAACAUCCAAUGGUAUUGCCAUAUAAUGAUCCAAUUGUGAAAAGUGUUUUCGUUGAUGUUCAUAGAAAAAACAUGCAUUGUGGUGCACAAGCAUUAUUGUCACAAAUCCGACUUCAAUUUUGGCCCAUCAAGGGAAAGAUAAUGGCUCGAUCAACGACCUAUGCCGCAGUAGGGGAAACGGACACUAGCAAGAAAAUAAUGUCGCAUGUCACUUUAUUGCGAUAA